AUGCUUUUGGCUGAGAUCUUUGCCGCAUCUGCGUUCCUCUCAAUCGCGGCCGUAGCUGCUCCCGCUCCCCAGAUCAUCUACGACCCCGUUUACUUCUGCCCGCUAGUCGACAGUAGCGAAGAAAUCACUGGCACCCCCUGGCAGAUUGGACUGUCCAUUCCAGGCGGCGACACAAUCAGCGUCACCGAAUCACACUCCGUCAGCACCACAUGGACGGUGGGCGGCGAUCUUGGCAUAAGCGCUGGAGGACUCUCCGCCGGCAUCUCCGCGUCGGUCUCUGAGACUGUCACCGACAGCGUCGGUGAGGGCACGUCGGCCAAGUGUCCCGAGGGCGCCUGGCACUGCAGCAUGGCCAUCGUGCCGAGCGUGUCGCACGUCAAGGGCCACCUGCACCAGCAGAACAACGACGAGAGCUGCGAUGUCGACCGCAUCUCGCAGGACGACGGCGGCGAGGAGGGCAAGCAGUUUGAGUUCCUUAUUCCGAUCAAGGACUCGUCUGGCAACGGCAAGUGGACGUAUGAUGUGUGCACUUGCGGGAACGUGCAGAAUUGGGCUGAUCCGGGACACCCGUCGCUCAUAUGUCCCGAGGACUGCACGCCCCAUGAUAGCUGA